AUGGGAAAGGAGAGAAAUGGUGGAAUCUUCCCUGCAAACCCCACAGGGGGAUCAAUGGAACCACAUUGCCUGGACCAUGUGACAGCCCAGUUGAAUGUCCAUAUAGAAUCGAUUUCUAUAUCUGCCCCUGCUCGAAGUCCGAAUACAGAUGGGAUUCACAUAGAGAACACAAAUGAUGUCCAAAUUUAUAACUCAGUAAUUUCAAAUGGUGACGAUUGUGUAUCAAUUGGGUCAGGCUGUUAUGAUGUAGACAUACGGAACAUCACUUGUGGACCUGGUCAUGGAAUCAGCAUUGGGAGUCUAGGAAAUCACAACUCGCGAGCAUGCGUCUCUAACAUUACAGUUCGCGACUCAAUAAUCAAAGGGACGGAUAAUGGAGUUAGGAUCAAGACAUGGCAGGGUGGAUCCGGAUCAGUAUCGGGAGUAACAUUCAGUAACAUUCACAUGGAUAAUGUUAGGAACCCGAUUAUGAUCAACCAAUUCUACUGCCUUAACAAGGGGUGCACCAACCAAACUUCAGCAGUCUUUGUAUCAGACAUACUCUAUUCAAACAUAAAGGGAACCUACGAUGUUCGGAGUUCGCCGAUGCAUUUUGCUUGCAGUGAUGCUCUCCCAUGCACUAACUUGACACUCUCAGAAAUCGAGCUUCUUCCUGCUGUAGGAGACAUAGUAUUGGACCCGUAUUGUUGGAAUGCUUAUGGAGAACUGCAGACACUAACAAUUCCACCAGUCUCUUGCUUGUUGGAGGGUGUUCCUCGAUCCCUACUGGUCAAUGACAUUGAGCAUUGCUGA